AAAGCGCUCGGUUUGUCACACAGAUUUAUUCAACGUGUUCGUGCUAAUGGUGCAUGUUGUAAAAUGCCUGCUGAACCUACAAUUCUUCGUUUACUGUGUUUCAUUGUUGCAGUAAGAAUAGAGAAUGUCGCGUCGAAUGCUAAAAUCAGAAUAGUAGGCGGCACUUCUGUUGACAUCAACCAAAGACCAUACAUGCUGUCUUUACACUAUUCUCACGGGUUCGCAUGCGGCGCUAGCAUAUUGUCUGCCAGAUGGGGUAUAACUGCUCUACACUGUUUGACGUUGGAUAAGACAAGGAAUUAUCAUGUACGUGCUGGAUCGAACUCGCCUUAUCGAGGAGGAUCGCGGCAUGGCUUGACAGAAGUGCACGCGUACAACGCGACAGCGUUUCUUCAUUGGUUCAACAGUAUGUUCUACUAUGACAUUGCACUUUUCAAAGUGUGGCCGCCUUUCCGUUUUUCGCGCAGAGUAAAGGCGGCCCAAUUGCCGAAGGAGUCCAGUAGGCCACCACGGAGAUUGAGUGUCUGUGGAUGGGGUUAUCAAGAAUUUCAACAGAAUGCAAAAGUUAGCAACACUCUAAUGGGAGUCACUGUUCGCCAUGUACCAUAUAAAGUAUGCGUCAAUCAAACUAAAGACUACCAGAUGCUAGUAGAUAAAGAGCAUCAUCUUUGUUACGGAACUCCUGGAAAGGAUUCGUGUUCCGGCGACUCGGGAGGUCCUUUGGGAAGCAAACAUACGAUUUAUGGUGUCGUGUCCUUUGGUCAAAACUGUGGCGUAGUAUCCGGGAUUUAUGAGAAUAUCUCCUACUAUCGUGGUUGGGUCAAGAAUAUUACAAAUAUAUGA